AAAUUGGCUCUCACGCUACUAUCAAAAACGGGUCCUUACAGUUUAUACGACAAGGUAAAACAAUGGCUAUGUAAUCUUAGCACUAACAUAGCAAUCGACCCUGGGUUCCAGAUAGUGAAUGAUGAUGUUGUUUCAGCGUUUGAUAACAAUCAAAUAUUAAAGAAAACGUGGAACGUAAGUAAAAACAAGAAGUUCGAAUGUAGUGUUGUAACAAUGAUAUGCACGUUUACUAUAGGAAACUCUGGCGCGCAAAAGAAUCCAAAUAUAGCACCAGGAACGUGGAAGCACAGAACACUGUCAAACCAACAAGUUGAGCGAAUUAAAAGAGCUGAUAUUUACAAACAACAUCACGAUGAAAAGCUCGAUACAUUUUUGGAAGAAAGAAUGCAUCAAGUGUAUUCUGAGCAAGUGGAAAAUGAAACCACUUAUCAGGAUGAAAUAGAUACAAACGUUAUUACUGU